AAUUUGAGACCUAAAACUAUCCAAUUUGGUGACUUCAGAUCUUAUCUUUGUGGGAGUACUCAUGUUGUCAAUACUUUGGAAAUUGGAGAAAUUACAAUCCAUGAUGUUAAAAAGAAUAAAGAAGGCAGAUUAAAAGUCAGUUAUGACAUUAGUGAAUAA